AACGUGGACCUGGCGAAGAUCAGCUCCAUCCUGAGCAGUUUAACUUCUGUAAUGAAAAAUACAGGUGUCAGUCCCGCCUCGAGACCUUCUCCGGGAACGCCGACGAGCCCAACAGCUCUUACGAGUGGCCUGAAGACUCCUGUCCUAGGGACUCCAUCUGCUCCAUCAAAUCCGUUAGCAAAUAUUCUCUCCAAAGUUGAAAUAACUCCGGAAAGUAUUUUGUCUGCUCUCUCCAAAACCCAGACUCAGACUGCACCAGCAUUGCAAGGUUUGUCAUCCCUGCUGCAGAGCGUCGCUGGAAAUACUGUCCCGUCCAGCGAAGCUGCGUCGCAGAGCACUUCGGCGUCGCCAGCCAACGCCACCGUUCCUUGCUUGAAGGGGAGGAAUAUGCCUUCCAGUACGCAGUCCUUUAUACCCAAAAGCUUUGGCUAUUCUCCGAACUCCUCUGCCGCUGAGGUUUCCUCAACGUCAGUCAGUAAGGCGCCCGUUGGACAUACCCCGGGGCUCUCAAGCUCCAGCUUUAAGCCGCCAACCAAUUCCCUGGGAUUUUCCAGUUCCCACCCUACCAGCCCUUCGUCCCUUUUGCCAGCAGAAACCUCGCUGGCUCAAUCCUCCGAAAUUUCAAAAGCGAAGCUGGAGUCGGAGCCUCCGUCUCCGAGCCUGGAGAUGAAGAUACACAAUUUCUUGAAGGGAAAUCCCGGCUUCAGCGGCCUCAACUUGAAUAUUCCGAUUCUCAGCAGCCUAGGGUCCAGCAUUGCAACGGAAAGUCACGCCUCUGACUUCCAGCGUGGUCCUACCAGCACUUCCAUGGACAACGUGGACGGAACGCCGGUGCGCGACGAGCGAAGCGGGACGCCCACCCAGGACGAGAUGAUGGAUAAGCCGACGUCGAGCAACGUCGACACUAUCUCCCUGCUGUCGAAAAUCAUGAGCCCCGGCUCUUCUACCCCCAGCAGCACGAGGUCACCUCUUCAGAGCCGGGACGAUGCGUAUCCCCAGGAGCUUUCCAAUUCCGUGCACGCCUACCGGCCCUUCGGCCUCGGCAGAGAGUCCCCGGCCGGCCUGUACAAGCAGUCUGCAGACAGCAUGGAGAUGCCCUCCUCCCUGCUGGACUCCUCCCAGGAGAAGUUUUACCCGGACACCUCGUUUCAAGAAGACGAGGAUUACCGCGACUUCGAUUACUCCGGCCCGCCGCCGUCGGCCAUGCUAAAUCUGGAGAAGAAGCCCGCCAAGUCCAUCUUGAAGUCGAGUAACCUCUCCGAAGCCACCGAGUACCAGCCCGUCCUGUCCAGCUACGGGCAGAGGUCGCAGGAGUUCGGCGUGAAGUCGUCCUUCCCUCAAUCCAUGAGAUCCAUUCUUGAGCAGAGCGAGAGCUGCGACCCGCUGGCGUCCUCUCCGGGGAUGUACGGGAGCUACGGCCUCCGGGGAAACGACUCCGCCUCGGACAGCUCCCCUUCGCCCAGCAAGAACGAGGUGUUUUUCACGCCGGACUCCAACCACAACAACCUGGGGAAGCCGGUGGCGCACUCGGGCCUCUCGCAGAAGCAGUACCCGGACUCGCCCCACUCCGUUCCCCACCGCUCG